UGAACCGAGAGGACCAUUGCAAGACUGCGUGAUGGGGGCGAGAAUCACGAGCUGAAGCCGAUAGACCCUCCGACGGUUCCCAAUGCUGGUGUGACCACCGAAGCGGAGGGUGUUGAUGGUCAUGCGGCUACGGAGGCAGGCACCUCGACUGGGGCCGCCAACCCCUCCACUGCGGCCACGCCCCCUGGGUUGGACACCGAGCUCGUCCUCGACCACCUUCGCCACCUCCCCUUCUUCACCGGCAACACAUCCUUUGCUGCUCAGGACUCCGUGGUCUGGAUGCGUCAGGAAAGAGUGAACAUCGCUGCCGUCGCCGAGGCCGUCCCCUCCCCGUCAACCGACCCCGCCGCUCUGAUCAUUCUCAGCCAAGUUGCUCAUGACGACUUUUGGGCGGAUGCGACGGCCGGCUAUCGUGGCCCCACUCGUUUCACCGGCACGAUAACGGAUGCGAAGGCCUCCCUGAAGCUCAUCAGGCCUUCAGAACAUCCUGACCGCAAGUCCCAAGGCCGCAGCUGAACUCAGGCCAUCAAGGAGACUCGCGUCUACAAUCCCCUCCCUGCAUACGACAUUGACGGCAGCAUCAUCAAGCCCAAGGACUAUCGUGCGAAACUUCAAGGAGCGACCGUCAUCAUGACCUUCGGUCUGAAGCACUACCCCAUCGGGCCACGGUCGGAGGGCGUUGCGGGUAAUAACACGUUCGUCGCUGAUAUCUUGAAGAUUCGGUGGUUGAGGCGGCUCAGCCUCGCCCGGUUUCUCCCAUGAAGAGAAAGCGUGUGCUGACGACUGACUCUGAUGGACUUAUUGCGCCUCCGAAGGUAUCUCGCACUGCUUGAGACUACUGAUACUAUUGGCUCCGUUCGGUCCCACUUUCCCGUCCGUUCUACCACCUUUUUAUACCCGCUCUCUCUGAUCGUCUGCUUGCUCCGCGCCUACCCUCUCAUUCUUUUCUGUUCAGCAUGUGUUUGCUACCCGACUGUUUUACAGUGCCACGACCACACAGCCGUCCUCUCCUUGCUCGUCCAUUUGCGUAGUCAGAGCGUUCCGUGUUGAC